AUGGAUGUCUCUCUCUGCCCGGCCAAGUGUAGUUUCUGGCGGAUUUUCUUGCUGGGCAGCGUCUGGCUGGACUAUGUGGGCUCCGUGCUGGCGUGCCCUGCGAAUUGUGUCUGCAGCAAGACGGAGAUCAAUUGCCGGCGGCCGGACGAUGGGAACCUCUUCCCGCUCCUGGAAGGGCAGGACUCGGGCAACAGCACCGGGAACGCCAGCAUCAACAUCACGGACAUCUCAAGGAACAUCACUUCCAUACACAUAGAGAACUGGCGCGGCCUGCACACCCUCAACGCCGUGGACAUGGAGCUGUACACGGGCCUGCAAAAGCUGACCAUCAAGAACUCAGGACUUCGGAGCAUCCAGCCCAGAGCCUUUGCCAAGAACCCCCACCUGCGCUACAUAAACCUGUCGAGUAACCGGCUCACGACACUGUCAUGGCAGCUCUUCCAGACGCUGAGCCUUCGGGAAUUGAGGUUGGAGCAGAACUUCUUCAACUGCAGCUGCGACAUCCGCUGGAUGCAGCUGUGGCAGGAGCAGGGCGAGGCCAAGCUCAACAGCCAGAACCUCUACUGCAUCAGCGCCGACGGCGCCCAGCUGCCCCUGUCCCGCAUGAACAUCAGCCAGUGUGACAUCCCGGAGAUCAGUGUGAGCCACGUGAACCUGACCGUGCGGGAGGGCGACAACGCCGUCAUCACGUGCAAUGGCUCCGGCUCGCCCCUGCCCGACGUGGACUGGAUGGUCGCCGGGCUGCAGUCCAUCAACACCCACCAGACAAACCUGAACUGGACCAACGUGCACGCCAUCAACCUGACGCUGGUCAACGUGACGAGCGAGGACAACGGCUUCUCCCUGACGUGCAUCGCAGAGAACGUGGUGGGCAUGAGCAACGCCAGCGUCGCCCUCACCGUCCACUACCCCCCGCGCGUGGUGAGCCUGGAGGAGCCGGAGCCGCGCCUGGAGCACUGCAUCGAGUUCAUGGUGCGCGGCAACCCGCCGCCGACGCUGCACUGGCUGCACAACGGGCAGCCCCUGCGCGAGUCCAAGAUCAUCCGCGUGGAGUUCUACCAGGAGGGCGAGGUGUCCGAGGGCUGCCUGCUCUUCAACAAGCCCACGCACUACAACAACGGCAACUACACCCUCAUCGCCAAGAACCCGCUGGGCACCGCCAACCAGACCAUCAACGGCCACUUCCUCAAGGAGCCCUUCCCGGAGAGCACGGAUCCCUUUGACUCCAUCUACGAAGUGAGCCCCACGCCGCCUAUCACUGUGACCCACAAGCCAGAGGAAGACACUUUCGGGGUGUCCAUCGCCGUGGGGCUCGCCGCCUUUGCCUGCGUGCUGCUGGUGGUCCUCUUCGUCAUGAUCAACAAGUACGGCCGGCGGUCCAAAUUUGGGAUGAAGGGUCCCGUGGCCGUCAUCAGUGGGGAGGAGGACUCGGCCAGCCCGCUGCACCACAUCAACCACGGCAUCACCACGCCCUCGUCGCUGGACGCCGGGCCCGACACGGUGGUCAUCGGCAUGACCCGCAUCCCCGUCAUCGAGAACCCGCAGUACUUCCGCCAGGCCCACAACUGCCACAACCCCGACACCUACGUGCAGCACAUCAAGCGGCGGGACAUCGUGCUGAAGCGAGAGCUGGGCGAGGGCGCCUUCGGGAAGGUCUUCCUGGCCGAGUGCUACAACCUCAGCCCCACCAAGGACAAGAUGCUGGUGGCCGUGAAGGCCCUGAAGGACCCCACCCUGGCCGCCCGGAAGGACUUCCAGCGGGAGGCGGAGCUGCUCACCAACUUGCAGCACGAGCACAUCGUCAAGUUCUACGGCGUGUGCGGCGACGGGGACCCGCUCAUCAUGGUGUUUGAGUACAUGAAGCACGGAGACCUGAACAAGUUCCUCCGGGCCCACGGCCCAGAUGCCAUGAUCCUUGUGGACGGGCAGCCGCGCCAGGCGAAAGGCGAGCUGGGGCUCUCCCAGAUGCUGCACAUCGCCAGCCAGAUCGCCUCGGGCAUGGUCUACCUGGCCUCCCAGCACUUCGUGCACCGGGACCUGGCCACCCGCAACUGCCUGGUGGGGGCCAACCUGCUGGUGAAGAUCGGGGACUUCGGCAUGUCCCGGGACGUCUACAGCACCGACUACUACCGGCUCUUUAAUCCAUCUGGAAAUGAUUUUUGUAUAUGGUGUGAGGUCGGAGGUCACACCAUGCUCCCCAUCCGCUGGAUGCCCCCCGAGAGCAUCAUGUACCGGAAGUUCACCACCGAGAGCGACGUGUGGAGCUUCGGGGUCAUCCUCUGGGAGAUCUUCACCUACGGCAAGCAGCCCUGGUUCCAGCUCUCCAACACGGAGGUCAUUGAGUGCAUCACCCAAGGCCGCGUGCUGGAGCGGCCCCGAGUCUGCCCCAAGGAGGUGUACGACGUGAUGCUUGGCUGCUGGCAGCGGGAGCCGCAGCAGCGGCUAAACAUCAAGGAAAUCUACAAAAUCCUCCACGCGCUGGGCAAGGCCACGCCCAUCUACCUGGACAUCCUGGGCUAG